UUCAAUGACGGCGGCCUUCCCCGAUCGGUCCAACAUGACGAUGAGCCGGAUCCACCCAUCGUCCGAGACGACGCGGCCUCUUCUUCCCCACCGCCGCGGCGAAGAUGCCGGCCGCACGUCGCCGUCGCCGGCGGCCCUGCAGUACACGGUGUGGAAGAGGUCAAGCAUGGGCUUCCACGGCACCGACGGCUUCUCCGUCUACGACGCCGCUGGCGCCCUCGCCUUCCGCGUCGACAACUACUCGCGCCGCAGCAAGGUCUUCGCCGGCGAGCUGCUCCUCAUGGAUGGCCAAGGCUCGCCUCUCCUCGCCCUCAGGCCACAGAUCUUCAGCAUGCGCGACCAGUGGAAUUGCUAUAAAGCAUCAGAAGAAGGCCAAGGCAAGAGGACAUCACACCCACUCUUCUCAAUGAGAAAGUGCUCGAUUUUGCAAAAUGGUCAUGAAGCACAAGUGUUCAUGUCAGGAUGCAGCACUGCAUCUGACAAUCCUGGCCAAGGUCCCAGCUUCUUGGUUGAGGGCUGCUUCAGGAGAAGAAACUGCAAGAUCCGCAACAGUGACGGCGAGGAGGUGGCCAGGAUAAUGAGGAAGAAGGCUGAAGCCGCAUCAAAUUCUUGGACGCUUGGCGAUGACGUGUUCAGCCUUGUGGUCGAGCCGAACGUGGAUUGCACGGUGAUCAUGGCUUUCGUUGUUGUUCUGGACAGGAUCUGUUGGAGGCCGUACACACCCAUGAUCUGCUCCUCAUAGCCCUUGGCGAUGAAGCCCUUUCUGACUACUAUGCAUGAUCACUGAAGCAAAGAGAGCACAGUGAUUUACAAAAGAAAGACAGAUAGAAAAUAUAGUUCGUGAAAUGCAGACGUAAAUUGACUGCAACUGACUAAGACCUAACUUGUCAAGUUUCUGCAGAUAUAACUUGUAGGCAGUAAGGCACUCAUGAUUUUAGUUUUCCGAGAAGGGAACUUUGGACAAUAUGUAACAAGUAACAUCACUAUGAGCAAUGGAACUCGCGAGUAAUCUGAGUUGCAACUUUGCUCAUUUUGCUGUUGGUUUAAGGUAGCACCUUUAUCAGACUUGUAAUAUCUAGUACCUUCGGGAGACGAGCCCUGUGUGCUGUGAUCCUGGAGCAACUGCGUAGCUUUACUUGCUUUUUAGAGUUGCGGCGGACUUCAAAACUUUGUAAUUUCGUUGCU